AUGUGGCUCGUUUUCAAGUUCAACUCCAAAGAGCAAUGUGAUGCAAUAUUGAAAGGAAGGCCAUACAUUGUCUACAGCUGCCCACUCUACCUUAAAGCCAUGUCAGAAUUCUUUACCUUCAAACCAAAUGUACCUGCACAAAUGCCGCUGUGGAUGCAGCUCUAUGGAUUGCCGGUGGAUUUUUGGUCAACCACGGGCUUAAGCAAAAUUGCAUCACAAGUUGGCCUCCCUCUGUACACAGACCUCUUCACCAAAAUGAGAGGCCGUGUAAAUUUUGCACGGGUGCUGGUUGAAGUGGAUAUCACCAAAGAGCUACCAAAGUCCACCACAGUGAUGCUACCAGACGGAAGGAGGGAACAUCUGCAAUUACGCUUCGAAACAGUCCUGAAAUUCUGCUCUUUCUGCAAAAACCUGGGCCAUUACCGGCCACACUGCACACUGGCGCCAAUCAAUGGGAAUCAAGCUAACCAGCAACAGCACCAGAUGACAAUCCUACCUCGAUCAGUAACAGGGAAUGGAAACACUAUGAGACAGGCUGAAAGUGUUGCAAUGACUGCCCCCCAAAGAGUUUCAGGAACAGGUCCUGGGCCAAUCUCAGGUUCUGGUGCUGUAGCACGCAAGAGAUCCGCCACUCCACUAAGGGUAGGAUGCCCCGCAACAUCUAGCAAACACAAACAGCUAGAAUUUUAG